AGAAGAAGAAUUUGCGGAAGUACGGGUCCCAAACAGAUUCCCGUUGGAAGAGUAAUAUACAGUAGCUCGCUUUUUGUUAAUUAAACAAAUAAAACCUUGGACUAGCGAUUAAUCAAAACCACGAUGGGCACUAGAGAUGACGAAUAUGAUUAUUUGUUCAAAGUGGUUCUUAUUGGUGAUUCAGGGGUGGGAAAGAGUAACCUGCUAUCCCGUUUCACCCGCAAUGAAUUCAACUUAGAGAGUAAAAGCACCAUCGGGGUUGAGUUUGCCACACGCAGCAUCCAGGUGGAUGGCAAGACAGUGAAGGCUCAGAUCUGGGAUACAGCUGGUCAGGAGCGCUAUCGUGCCAUCACAUCAGCGUACUACCGUGGGGCAGUGGGGGCUUUGCUGGUCUACGACAUUGCUAAGCAUCUAACUUACGAGAACGUGGAGCGCUGGCUGAAGGAGCUCAGAGAUCACGCAGACAGCAACAUUGUCAUUAUGCUAGUGGGCAACAAGAGCGACCUGCGUCACCUCCGAGCCGUUCCCACUGACGAGGCCCGGGCUUUUGCUGAGAAGAACGGUUUAUCUUUCCUGGAGACAUCAGCCCUGGAUUCAACCAAUGUUGAGACGGCCUUCCAGACCAUCCUGACAGAGAUCUACCGCAUCGUGUCCCAGAAGCAGAUGUCAGAGCGUCAGGAGAGCGACAUGUCCCCCAGCAACAACGUGGUCAACAUCCAGGUGCAGCCCACUGAGAACAAACCAAAGAUGCAGUGCUGUCAGAACAUCUAGCCAAGCCACGGAUCUGCUGCUCCCCCCCCUCUCCUGUGUCCCCCGUCUCCCUUAGACCCACCACCCUGGCCUCCCCCUCCCCUCCCCUCCCCUCCCCUGCCCUGCCCGGCUCCCAGCUGGCCCCGGCUCACACCUCUUCUUCAAAGCCCCGCCCUCAGAGAAUAGACUGCCUUUUGGGGUACUGCGCAGUGUGUAGGAGAGGAGCCACAGCUUCGAGGCUGUGACCCGAACUCUGCACCAGCCUGUCCCCGCCCACCUGAGCCCCUCCCCUGCCCCGCCCUAGGUCAGUUUAUCCAGUUAAAGAAGUCACUGCGUGGGGUGGCCCCCCUGAGCAGAGCCCCUCUGUCUUUAGGCGACUGCAGGACAGCAGGCAGCAGGCAUUUCAUAUCACUUUAGAUUUCAUUACUGUAGAUGCGCUGACAUGUCACACAAAUGUCUUAAUAUAUGAAUGUGAGUUGUUUUCCUUUGUUCUCUUUUUUUUUCCAUGUUGUGAGUUUCCAGUUUUUCUGCUCUUUCCCUCUAUUGUAUCAUAUAUCUACUCUAGGUAUAUAGGGAUGUAAAGCACAUCGAAGCAGCUCUGAGGUGUCGUCCUAUAUACACGCUUCUCUUCUGUCAUUUAAGACUGCCCCCUCUCCUCUUUAGUGCAAUGUACUGUUUUAAAAAAAAAAACAAAAACAUGUGGAUGUAUGGAGCACAGUGUAGACGUGCGUGCUCCGUCGCGGUAAUGUCAUGCGAUGUGAUCUGAUUGCUGUGAAUAUGACGCUAGUGAAUAGUAGAACAUGUGCUGAGCUUCAGUUUGCGCCAUGGAAAAGGCCGGGUGUUAGCAUGUUAGCAUGUUAGCACGCAGCCCGGCAAGUGUUGUCUUCAUUGCCGUUGCGUUCACAGCAUGCGGCAGAGUCGAGUCGGCUUUGCAUGUCUUUUAAAGAUGGCGCUCUGCUGUGCUGCAUGUUUUUAUCAGGUGAAAGACUGUAUAUGGAACAUAUGAUAGUGUAUCACUGCCAGGCCAGAAAAAAAGAAAAAAACAAUCCAUUUUUCAGCGUAAUGUGAAAAGUUUAUUGUUAUAGUUGAAACAAGAAACACAAGGAUAACAGCAUACUAUUUAUCAUUUUAUAACAUGAUAUCUUUUUGAAAAUGUCUUGUUAUAAUGUGAAAAUAACUUGUUUUAAUGUGAAAACAGCUUGUUAUAACAGUAAACUUUUCAUGUUGUAACAAUCCCAUUUUUCUUUUACUGGCCUGACAGUCGUACACUAGCGUAGAAACACUAUCAUUGCCUUGAGGGUGUGACUUUAGGCUGAACACAACUUGUGUCUGUUGGGGUUUUCUGUGUUGUCUCAGUUUGGCCAAAUGCAGAGACCCUGUACCCGUCACGCUUCUGCUGAGAGUCAUUAGGUAAACAGGACACUUUGACAUAUUUGACUACAACUAUGCAGGAAAUAGCACAUGGCUGUUUGCAUUUAGUUUCGUCCAUCAUAAUGCACUUCUAUAGCAAAUGAAGGAAUUCAAAACAGCUAAAAAAUGAAUAAUUAAGAUAGUAUGACAUUCCUAUAAUAAUGUACUCAAUAUUCUAAUCAAAAAUCUCCUCGUCGUCUUGCAAAUUAUGCUUACGCAUGUAACCACAGAACUGUAGUGAGCACUCUCUUAAGCAAGUAACCAAAUUUAAAAAAAAAAAAAAAAAAGUCUCUUAGUUUGGAUUUUAUGAGCGUGAAAUUGUCUUGAUCUUGCACUGAACCUUUUUUUGGUUGUUUGUUCGUUUUAGUAAACAUGCUUUCACAUGUAACUUUUAAGUGCACACAGAGACCUUUCCUGGACCUUUUGUUUUUUGGUUUGGAUGCACUGUUAUUUAACCGGUGCCACUGUUCAGAAACCACAAUGUUAUGUUCAGUGCGACACAACACCACAUUUCUCCUCACAGAAUCUCAGGCCUGGUCCACACUAAUAUAGGUAUUUUGCAAAAUGAACACUUUUCUCUAUGUUUUUGGCCUUUAAUGUCUUGCAGUGCUAAUAUUAUACAUUUGUUUUUUGAGGACAUGGAAAACGUAGACACUUUAUUCCUGCAUGUCCAUUGUUGCUGUUGAAACACUUUCUGUGCCUGUUACCACUAAUCAAUACAUUGAUAUUCCUUUUCUUACUUAAUGAAAAUAGUUGUAAAACAAAUGUGAUUUUUUUUUCUUUCAUCAAUCCCUACAUGAUGAAACAAAUAGCAAAGAAACCACUCAGCUCUCCAUGGAAUAACAGAUGAACAGUUUAUUUGACUCAUGCAUCAACCUGGAGGGAAAAUAUCCGUAAUAGUGUGGACUGGGCCUGUUUAAUAAAUCCUCACUCUUGACAGAAAACAGUUGAUGAUUUUUGAAGUUUCUCCUCUAAAGCUUUAACAUGGACAGGUGAACAAAGUUAGAGAAAGACUUCAGACAUUCAGCCACAUUCUUGCUAACUUCCUGUCACAGUGCCUCCUAUUCCUCCGCCGCCUUUCGCUCACCUGCCAACCGUCGUAUGUGUCCGCCUCCUCCUCCUCCUCCUCGUGUGGCCGUCGCUCCGUCACCGUCACAUAACGCCUAUGUACACCGAGCUGCCUCUGACUUCAACACAAUGCAUGGCUUUCUGUACGACUGCGACUCCGUGUCGUAUCGCCUUACGUCGCUGACAUCGUCAUUACUGUGCAUAAAAUCUUCUGAGGGUUAAAACGAGCUGAUUCUUGUGUCCGGUCCUUGAACUGACAGAUGCCUCCCAACCAAACCUCCCAGCUGAAGCUCCAGAGUGUGUGUUCUGUUGAAUUCGAGCUGUGUCAGUGUGUGAUGGUGUUAGCACACAUAUACAAUGCCUGAACCUGGUCUGGGUUAUGUGUAUUUUGGAGGCAGAGGGUCGAUCGUAGCUCUGGAGUGUGUGUGAGCCUGGCUGGCAGUGCCAAUGGCGUUUUCGUGAACAGAUGGCGCCGCCAGCCGAGCCUCUCCAGACUCACUAGCUGGCAAUCUGUGGACAAGUGAUUCCUUUACUUCUGAAAAAUCCAGUUUCUGAUUCUGUACCUCCAUUUUUCUGUGUUUUUUUUUUUUAAAUGUGUGUUUUAAUUUCUUUUUUUUUUUUUUUUUUUUCUUUUUUUUUACUCUUGAAAUAUAACUGACUGUAAUUCCAGUGUAAACGUGUAAGAGUGAAAUGAUGUCAUUUCAAUGAAUUUGGAGGGUUAAAUGUAAGUUGGGGGGUCAAAAUGAAUGGUUUUGUGUUUUGUACAGAUUGAUAAAUUGUACAAUUGUGUCUAUAUCUUAAGUUAUCAGUUCAUCUUAAUAAAGCGCACCAGUCAUAAACCUUUA